UCAAUGUGUUAGUGAAUUGUAAGCUUCUCUAUUUCGAAAAAAAAAUACGCGUUGGUAUCGGCCAGCUGUUUUUGUUCCAAGUUUUUGAAUUGUUGAAAUCAUCAUGGAUCAAAAUUGAACAGUGUCAAGUGGACGUGAAACAGUGUCGUUUGGUGAACUAAUAGUGAAUUUGGUGGAUAAGAUACAUUCUGAGAAAUUCAAGGUGUGUUAAUAAUUAAUCGAUUCGAUGAUUCGUCGAACAUCACGACAGAUGCAGUUUUAGCGAUUUAUUACGUCGUAUUUUACUUACUCAGUUAUUACCGAGUUGAUACUUGAACCAAGCAAAUUGUGAACGUAAAUUUUAGUAUCAGAAGUUCUAAUGAACUUAUGUGCUUCUCGGGAUAGUAAGACGGAAAGUGUAAACAUAAAAGGUGGUGAACAUUGAAAAGCUUAAUCAGUGCGUGUGUGUAGUAGGCGAUGAGGUUUUGAAGACGGGGACCAUAGUGGAUGCAUAGAAAGUGGUGUAGCGCUCGCCCGGGCAUGGUGCCGGGCAGGUAGCGGGCGCGGGCGGCCUGCGCAGGCCACACACAAGCAGCCGCGUUUCUCUCAGCGUCGUCUAUGGCCGAGCAACUCAUCACACCGUCGUCGCACUCUGCACUCACGAGAGAGUCCAGCAGGUCUUCUCCUAGCAGGGUGGUGGGCGGUCGGUGGUUACGUCAAGUGCGUAAAGCAAGCCGCAGUCGUCGAAGCAGACGCAACGCGACGUCGCCUUUGCCGCGUACCCACCGGCAUCCUUCAGGUCGUGUGCCUGAUUCGGAGCCUCACACCAACGUUGAAUUACGUAGAAGUUCACGUCUUGUUAAUUCUUUGCCCAGAUCUGAUUACUCCAUUUCGGAACGGUGGUCCUACGGAACAGACGUAUACGAGACUCGCUACGAUACGACUGAAUACAAACACGGAGAUACACCUAGACAUUCUGCCGGCGAAUACUCGAAACGGCGACGGACUUCUUCGCAUGACAAGAAAAAAAAUAAACGACAUUCCACAUCCAAUAGUAGUACUGCAGACGAGUGCGUAGCUUUCUGCACACGCUCACGUACUGCUCUUAAAUCAACAGAGAGUGUUUGUGAGCAAGUACCCAAUAAUAUAAAUACAGCAACGACACCACGUUCGUCAUUAAAUCAAUCCACAGCCACUACUUCAACUCAACAAGUCCCAUUAAAUCAGAGUGAAGGUGGAUUGUUGCCACUAGACGAAAGAGAUUUUGCAUAUUCACCAUUCAGCUCCUCUACUAUCACUGAGUUACUAGAUUCUGAUUACUCCGUGUAUAGCCCGACCGCCAGUCGAAGGAAAGGGAAGAAGAGAAAACGAUCAACACAUAGAUCACUUUCACAUAGAAAAAGUAGUAGCUGCUUAAUUGAUAUCGAAGAGUGCAGGAAGAAGUUUAAAAUAGACUCUCACACAAAAGAAAUUCCAGAGACAAAUAAAAAUACUUUCAGUGAUAGAGGGAUUCCUGAACAGGAACCCGAAAAAGUUGACACACUUUCUGGGCAGACAGCUUGUACAUAUUUACUACGAAAUCGUCACAAUCGUGAUCUCGGCCCGCCCACUUCUACUGUUAUUAGCGACAGCACAGUAAACCCGUCAACAACUAGCGACGUGCUACAGAGUCAAACGACAUUAGAACGUAAGACUGCUACCGAAACUCGUGGGAGGACUACUACUCCACCACCCUAUAAAGAUUUACAGGAAGCUAGUUCAUCAAAACCGCAUAGUUCUGACAGCAAACUUCUCAUCGUUCCACGAGACCUCCCCUAUUUACGUCAAACUAACGCCAGAAGAAGUAUCGCUGCUGCAACGGGUGCGACCCUGGGUGCUUGCCUGACGAGAGGAGCCAGCACCUCUCAACGUCAGAGACAGGAAACCUCUUCUAAGAGACAGUCGGGCGGGGGCGAGGACGCGGGCAGCAGCGCGGUGAGCGGGCGGCGUGCGCGCGCGCGCGACAUGCCGCAGCCGCAACCGCACGCGCAAUCUUCCUCCGCGCGCAGGGACAAGAGGGGUAAAGGCACUCUGGGUUCGUGCGCAAGCACUGGUGGUUCGUCCAGCCGGUCUCACUCCCAGGCAGUAACCACGGGUGCUGUAGCGUCAACAUCAUCUACGCCGCCGGUGUCAGCUUCAGCGGUAUCUAUGCCUGAUAACGCUUCAAAUGAUGCAAAGCCCAAGGGCAAAGCAUCAUCGCCGGCGGAGGAGUGCAGCGCGGGCGGCGCGGGCGGUGGGGCCGGCGGGGGCGGGGGCGGCGCGGGCGGCGCGGAGGAGUCCUCCUCGGAGGAGGGCGAGGUGGGCCGCCUGCAGGCGCUGCUGGAGGCGCGCGGCCUGCCGCCGCACCUGCUCGGCGCGCUCGGCCCGCGCAUGCAGCAUCUGCUGCACCGGACCGUCACCGCCAACUCGGCGGCAUCGAAAGCAGCCCAAUUGCUGGCCGGGUUGCAAGCGACCGGCGACGAAGGGCAGCAGCUGCAGGCCGUCAUCGAGAUGUGCCAACUGCUCGUGAUGGGCAACGAGGAUACGCUCGCCGGCUUCCCGGUGCGGCAAGUUGUGCCCGCACUCGUUAAUCUGCUCGCUGCUGAACACAACUUUGAUAUGAUGAAUCACGCGUGCCGUGCGCUGACCUACAUGUUGGAGGCUCUGCCUCGCAGCAGCGGAGCAGUGGCAUUAGCAGUACCGGCAUUCCUCGAUAAACUGCAAGCCAUCACUUGCAUGGAUGUCGCUGAACAGAGUCUUACCGCGCUGGAUAUGCUGUCGAGACGACACUCCAAAGCCAUAUUGCAAGCGCGUGGAGUAUCAGCGUGUCUUACAUACUUGGACUUCUUCUCGAUCAACGCGCAACGCGCGGCGCUGUCCAUCACAGCAAAUUGCUGUCAGAAUCUCACUCCUGAUGAGUUUCAUCUAGUAAGGGACUCACUUCAAUUGCUCGCUAACAGACUGACAAUUCAAGACAAGAAGUCGGUGGAGUGCGUAUGUUUGGCGUUUUCUCGGCUCGUCGAUAGCUUUCAACAUGACCCAGCUCGUCUACAGGAAAUUGCCACACCUGAAUUGCUUACCAACUUGCAACAGCUUCUGGUGGUGCAGCCGCCGCUGAUAUCCGGCAACACGUUCAUCACGGUGCUGCGGCUGCUGUGGGUGAUGUGCGCCGCGUGCCCGCAGCUCGCGCUCGCGCUGCACUCGCGCUCCAUCGCCGACACGCUGCUGUGCCUGCUCACCGGCUCCACCGUGCACCAUGAGCAAGUUGAACUUCUACCACGGCUUCCACAAGAACUUUACGAAAUAACUUGCCUGAUUGGCGAGUUGAUGCCAAGACUGCCGACAGAUGGUAUAUUCUCAGUGGAUGCGCAUCUCGACCGGCCCUGGUCUGCUAACAACGAGCGUGGCGCCCAGUGGCAAUGGAGGGAUGAUAGAGGUGUAUGGAGAUGUUAUUCUUGGGCAGAAUGUCGCGCGCUGGAGGCGGGCGCGGCGGCGGGCGAGGAGGAGGUGUGCCUGGCGACGCUCGGCCGCUCGUACACCGUCGACCUGACGGCCAUGCAGCAGCUCAACGACCACACGGGCACGGCGCGCCCCGUGCAGCGCCUGCCGCCCGCCAGCGCGCCCGGCGCCGCCGCCGCCGCCGAUGCGCACGCGCCUGACCCGCGCAUCGCGAUGGUGCGCUCGAGCCCGUCGCUGGUGCGCGCGCUGCUGGCGGUGCUGCACGAGGUGUACUGGAGCUCGGCGGGGCCGGCCGUGCGCUCGCAGGCGCUCAAGGCGAUCCUGCGCUGCGUGUACUAUGCGGACGCGCCGCUCUUGCGGCAAGUGCUCAAGACGCAGGUUAUAUCAUCACACAUUGCUGGCAUGAUGGCCUCUAGUGACCUCCGCAUUGUGGUCGGAUCUCUUCAGCUAGCAGAAAUUUUAAUGCAACGUUUGCCCGAAGAGAUGGGCGUACAGUUCCGCCGAGAGGGAGUACUGCAUCAAGUAGCUCAGCUGGCUCAAAAGGCACCUACUCCACAACCGGCUAGACAAGCUAAACUUAAGUCACCAAGCGGAGCCAGCGUCCGCUCCAGCGGUAACUCAUCGCCGCCCGCCUCCACGUCGGCGUCUUCUCUUGAACACAAUAAUAUUUCACUCGCUUUCUCCGCCUCAGGAUCUUUUAUCGCUAGCACUCUGUUAGCAGCCACUGAAUCUACUGAACCUGGCCCUGCAACCUCGGCAUCUACACAUCAAACCACAACUACAGUACACAGGUCCAACAGCCCCCUGCAGCUUGCGGACAUGCUGAAGCGCAAGCGCGCGGUGAAGCGGUCGGGCGGCGCGGGCGCGCGGCGGCCGCGCACGCGCGAGGAGGUCACGCUCGGGCAUCACGCGCUAGCGGGCCACACGAGCCAGCCGCACACGCCCUCCGCCUCUACUAAUGCUCCGCACUCGUCGAGCGUGGCAGCAGCGGGCCGGUCUGCGAGCCGUAUGGGCGGCACGUCGAAGACAUCGUCGUUCCUGUCGUCGUUGAACCCGUCGCGCUGGGGCCGCUCGCCGCACGCGCAUAAGGACACCGCGCUGCUCGCCUCGCCGCCCGCUUCUGCUAAUCUCUCGCUGCAGAAUAAGGAGAAGGUGCGCGAGUGGAUAGAGUGCGUGGCGGGUCGGCUGCAGCGCGAGUGGGGCGCGCUGGGCGGCGGCGCGGGCGCGCUGGAGCAGCUGGCCGCGCUCGCCGCCGCGCUGCCGCGCCGCGCCGACCACGCGCGCGCGCCGCUCGCCGUGCUGCGCGACACGCUCACGCACCACGACCUGUCGCCCUUCGAGAUAAACCACUCAGGCGUCAUAGGUGCUCUGUUACAAUUCUUGACUGGCUCAGACUCUGACACUGAGUCUACAGAGGGCGAUCGUGAAGGUGAAGGCGAAGGGCGGGAUUCCGUGGAACAAAUAGCUGCCUGCGAAGACCGCCUCCGUCUUUUUCUACACGUUUUCGCUGACAUGCCAUUGGCUCAAGACGAGGGCGACUGGCUGGAGAAGGCGGGCGCCGUGGGCGGGUACGCGGCGAGCGGCGCGGGCGCACUGAGCGCGCUGGUGGGCAAGGUGAACGCGUGCGUGUCGCACCUGGAGCAGUUCCCCGUGCGCGUGCACGACCUGCCCGCGCGCCCCGCCACCUCCGCGCUCAAGUUCUUCAACACCCACCAGCUCAUGUGUGAUCUCAAACGCCAUCCUACUUGCAACACUUUAAAGCAAUGGAAGGGUGGUGUAGUACGGAUAGACCCUCUAGCAUUAGUACAAGCUAUAGAAAGGUAUCUCGCGCAACGCGGUUACGCGCAAGCGCGUAGCCGCGAGGGCGGCACGGGCCCGCACACGGACGACGAGGCGGGCUCCGACGACGACGUGGACGACACGCUCGCCACCACGCACCACACCACCACCGAUUCGGAUCAUAAAUUGGAAUUUUUGAUUGGAGACACGGUACUACCGUAUAACAUGACUGUGUAUCAAGCCGUGAGGCAAUUCGGCGAACAGAAUGAUGCAGACACAGAUACAGAAACUCCUUUAGCUAACGCCGGUAUUUGGGUUCAGACGCACACUAUCUAUUACCGUGCUAUAGAGGGCGGCGAGCAACCACGCACUGACGCAGCCGCUUCACGUAAGGGCAAAGGACAACCUACCAAAAUGUCAUCGAGACGGAAACCUGACUUAUUGUGGACUGAGGGCGUGGUGCCGUCGCGCGCGCGCUCGGUGGCGGUGAUGCUGCGGGCGGGCGGGGGCGCGGGCGGCGGCGCGGGCGCGUGGGGCGGCGACGUGCGCGACGCGUCGCUGCCGGCGCUGUCGCUGCUGCGCGCGCUGCACGCGCUCUCGCGCCACUGGCACACGCUCUACCGCGCCGCCUGCCUGCCCGACCACCGCCCGCUCGUGCCCAACUCCGAGUUCAUUAAUAAUAAGCUUGCUGCCAAAGCAAAUCGACAACUACAAGAUCCAUUAGUAAUCAUGACAGGAAAUUUGCCUCCUUGGCUAAAGAAAAUUGCGUAUGCAUGCCCGUUCGUGCUGCCGUUCGAGUGCCGGCAUCUGCUGUUCUACGUGGUGUCGUUCGACCGCGACCGCGCGCUGCAGCGGCUGCUGGAGGCGGGCGGCGAGCGCGGGCCCGCGCCCGGCUCCAGCGACACGGAGCGCGUGGCGCCGCGCCUCGACCGCCGCAAGCGCACCGUGCAGCGCCACAACGUGCUGCGCCAGGCGGAGCACGUCAUGCACGAGUUCGCGCACUCCAAGGCACUUUUAGAAAUACAAUAUGAAAACGAAGUCGGCACCGGUUUGGGACCGACAUUAGAAUUUUACGCACUCGUUUCGCAAGAAUUGCAACGGGCUGAUCUCGACUUGUGGCAUGGUAGUGAGAACUUCAAGCAGAAGCCGACCUCCUUUGGCGGCGAGAUAGUUAAGAGCCAACCGACUGUGGUCUCUGACCGGUCGUCUGACGCGGCCGCACGAUUGGCUUCCUCUGUACGCGAUGCCCUCAACCUUGACGAGGAUCGCUCCCCGGAGCCAUCAGAAUUAGAAAAGGAAACUUCUAUACCGUCUCCAGCACCAGAUGCUACGUAUGUGUCGUGGCCUUGCGGUCUCUUCCCUCAAGCCAUUGGCCGUAACGCAAGAGCGUCACAUCUUUCAAGAGUUAAGGCGAAGUUCCGCUUCCUUGGCAAGUUUAUGGCCAAGGCUGUUAUGGAUUCGAGAAUGGUGGACAUCCCCCUAUCGGUGUCGAUGUACCGGUGGGCGGUGAGCGAGCAGCAGUGGCUGGGGCUGAGCGACGUGCGGCACGUGGCGCCCGAGCUGUGGCGCUCGCUGUGCCGCCUGCGCCGCGUCGCCGAGCGCGCGCAGGCGCUCGCCGCCGACACGCGCCACUCGCCCGACCAGCGGAACCAGAUGAUAAACGCCCUGGAACUGGACGGAUGCCCCAUCGAGGAGCUGGGGUUGGACUUCAUCCUGCCGGGCGACGGGUGCACGGAGCUGCGGCGCGGCGGCCGCGACAUGCCCGUCACCGCGCACAACCUGCACCAGUACAUUGCGCUCGUCACGCACUGGCUGCUCUACGAAGGUGUCAUAAAACAGAUGGAAGCGUUUAAAGAAGGAUUUGAAUCAGUAUUCCCAUUAGCCAAUCUCAAGAUUUUCUAUCCAGAAGAAUUGGAGCAAGUGUUCUGUGGCAGUCCAUCAGGCGGCAGAGAGCAGCGUUGGGAGCCGCGAAUGCUGGCGGAGUGCAUCCGGCCGGACCACGGCUACAACGCGGAGUCGCGCGCCAUCCGCAUGCUCAUCGACAUCCUCGCGUCGUACAACCGCGACGAGCAGCGGCUGUUCCUGCAAUUCGUCACUGGCAGUCCGCGCUUGCCUACCGGAGGUUUCAAGUCUCUGAACCCGCCGCUGACGGUGGUGCGCAAGUCGCUGGAGUCGUCGCUCGACCCGGACGAGUACCUGCCGUCGGUGAUGACGUGCGUCAACUACCUCAAGCUGCCCGACUACAGCAGCGCGGAGGUGAUGCGCGCCAAGCUGCGGCUCGCGGCCUCCGAGGGCCAGCAUUCCUUCCACCUCUCGUAAAUUCUCAUUGUGAAUGUGCUUCAUACCUCCAGAUCUUGUAUACAUGUUUGAAUGCGGUUAGUGAUAUUCAUAAUUUCUAUAUAAAACCUAUGUGCAGCCACCGGACUGCUGUUUAUGUGCAAUCGUGUGAUUUAUUUCAGCUGUGCGACAGACACUAAAAGUGCUGUGUUCUAUAAUGUUUGUUUUCCUUUAGAUUUAUUUAGAUUACAGAGAUAUGUUAAUAAUUAUAUUUUGUGUUAAUUUAAUGUGAUAGUCUUGUAUAUUUCUUUAUCAACAUUUAGAGAGACUAUUGAUUCUCCCUUUAUUGUAAUAAGUGUGAUGUGGACUAUGACUUCAAAAAACUGUGCAACUCUUGUGUCGGAAGUUGGAUGCUCAUCAUAGAUGCCACCAUUAUCUUAUAAAAACUAUCUCUUAAGCUAUUUUUGAAGGACCAUUGAUAGUCUCUUUGUGAACUUCUAUCUGUUAACAUAGCAUUUACUACCAAAUGGUGUAUGUUUUGAGUAAUAUUUAAGUAUCAUAAAGGAAUUAAAAAAAAGUGCAAAAUUUAAUAUGUAACAAUUUCAAUACAACCAUGUAAACAAUAUUCAUCUUA